GGUGCUGGGACCCGGAGGGGCAGACGGAUGGGGGCUCUGGUAUAUAAACAAGACGGUAGUUCCUUGUAUCUGCUAGCGGGACGUUUGGCGGGUGAAGGGUGGAGUCUGUGCUGCUUAGUGCAUACAUCAUCAGCACCAAACACUGACACUAGUGCACACACAACUAAGUAGCUGCACCCCCUCACACGCACACACACACACACACACACACCAUGUCCUCUUUCCAGCACCAGAAAGAAUUGAAGAAGCUUCCCAUUCCUCCCCUAGAGGACAGCAUUGCGAGAUACCUCGAGGUGCUCAAGCCUCUCCAGACGAGGGAGGAACACGUGCGGACGGUCGAGGCGUGCUGCCGGUUUCUGAAGUCAUCAGGCCCGAUCUUGCAGGAACAGUUGGUCCAGUACUCCCGGUCGCGAGACUCCUACAUCGAGCAGUUCUGGUUCGACUCGUACCUCAACUACGACUCCCCUGUGGUGCUGAACCUAAACCCCUUCAUCAUGAUCGAGGACGACCCCAUCCCCGGCGUGUGCAACUGGAUCAACCGCGGCAGCGAGUUGACAUGCUCCACCUUGAGGUUCAUCAACGCGUUGAGAAACAAAACGCUCCCGGUCGACUACUUGAAAAACAAGGUCCCACUUGACAUGGACCAGUAUUUGCGGCUGUUUGGCAGCGCCAGAAUCCCAACCAACGAUGGUUGUGUUUUGCAGACCGACAAGUACUCCAAGCACAUCGUGGUCAUCGUCAACUCUCAGUUCUACUGGUUCAACGUGUUGGACGACGACAACAACUUGGCCCUGGAUGAAGAGCAGAUCAAGCUGAACCUCAAGUCCAUCAUCGACGACUCGAAGACAAUGGACCCGAAAGAUAUAGCCAAGUCCAGCUUCGGGAUCUUGACCACCGAAAACAGGAAAAUCUGGUCUAGCCUCAGAAACAAAUUGAACAAGGAUAAAAUCAACAAAGAUAUUCUCAAGACAAUAGAUUCGGCCUUGUUCUGCCUUGUUUUGGAUGAUUUGGAAAUAGGGAACGACAUGAACAAAAUGUCUCAGAACUUCCUAUGUGGUAAAAGUGUUUUGAAAGAUGGUAUUCAGGUAGGAACUUGCACCAACCGCUGGUACGACAAGCUACAGUUGAUUAUCACGAAGGAUGGCAAAUCGGGUAUAAAUUUUGAGCACACGGGCGUAGAUGGUCACACCGUCUUGAGGUUUGCAAGUGACAUCUACACCGACUCUAUCCUAAGAUUUGCUAGAACCAUCAACAAGGAUUCACCUUCAAUCUGGAGCGAGAACUCCAGCAUCCCGAGAGGAAAAGGUAACUUGGAAGUCCAAUUGCCUCGGAAACUAGAGUGGAAUUUGACUAACGAUAUCAGUCUAGCGUUGAGGUUUGCAGAGACCAGAUUGAGCGAUUUGAUCAGCCAAAACGAAUUCUCGACACUCUCUUACAACAAGUAUGGUAUGGAGAGAAUCAAGAAGAUGGGCAUGUCUCCAGACGCCUUUGUGCAAAUGAGUUUCCAAUUGACCUACUAUUCUUUAUACGGCAAAGUCGAAUGCACGUACGAGCCUGCUAUGACCAAGAAAUUCUUACAUGGUCGUACUGAGGCUAUCCGUACAGUUUCCGAAGAGUCAAAUGAAUUUGUGACUAAAUUUCUACAAAACGAUAUCGAUGCCAAAACCAAAAUAGAGCUGUUGAAAAACGCUUGUAAAAAGCACAGCGCUCGUACAAGAGACUGCUCUAACGGAUUGGGUCAGGACAGACAUCUUUACGCGUUGUUUUGUAUCUGGAAAAGAUACUACGGAGACGAAAGCACCUCAGAAGAUGAAAGUGGCUCAGAUGGAAAUGAUCUUGAAGAUGAUGAUGACGACCAGAGUACGAUCGAUUUUGGCAACUUGCCUGUCACCGUUGAUUCUGUCAAGGAUUUGAAAGAAAUUCCUGCAAUUUUCGCAGAUGAAGGUUGGGAUAAAUUGAACACUACAAUAAUUUCCACAUCAAACUGUGGCAAUCCAUCCUUGAAAAUCUUUGGUUUUGGUCCUGUGAGUGAAAAUGGGUUUGGAUUGGGUUAUAUUAUUAAGGAUAACAGAAUAAGCAUAUGUGCAAGUUCAAAGCAUAGACAAACUGCGAGAUUCACGUCAAGUUUGGCCACUACUCUAGACUUGAUGGAAAAAACUUUUAAUGAGGCCAGCGAAGAAGCCUCUAAAGUUCCUAAGGUGGGUGUUUCUGGUGAUGUUUCUCUCAAAACAAAUGAAAUCGAGAAACUACUAGGAGGAUAUCCGUGCUACACUGUUGACUCUCAUUCCGACUCAAUUAAGUCUAAAGACGGGGAUAAUGCUGACAAAAAGCUUUUCACGAAUAAAGAAAUUGGACGCAAGCUCCGAUUCACUGAAUACUAAAUACGAAUAUUAUUGAUUAAUAUCUCUGACAUUAUCGCCUGUUAUUAUACAUUUAUUAUUAUAUAUUAUACAAUUUCGAGUUUUAUUUCUACUCGACUCCUCUUCUUU